GGGGGUGUAUGUGCGUAAAGAAAAGACCUCGCGUCACGUGACCGCCUCUUACACCCAAACCCGUCAUUUGAGGAAUAACGUAACAUCUUUCUAUUUUAGCAGCGCCAGAUGCAAUCGUUUUCUUCAGUGUGUUUUCAUGCAGAUUAACAAUAGCAUGCUAUUUAAACGAACGGAGGGAAUUUAGCCACAUUCUCGCACUGAGCUGGAGUUUGGUCUGCAAGGAAGCUGAGAUUGAAGUUUUUUUGCCUGCUUGGAAGUGGAGCAAAAUACUGAACGGUCAUCAUGGCAGAAAACAACUUCCCUCCCCUGCCUCGAUUCAUCCCUCUCAGGCCGUGUUUUUACCAAGACUUCAAUGAGAUCCCAGACCAGCAUCGCACCAUGUGCAAACGGCUCUACUACCUAUGGAUCUUGAAUAGCGCCACACUGGCUAUUAAUCUGAUUGGCUGUCUGGCGUGGAUGUGUGGAGGUGGCGGAGCAACCAAUUUCGGGAUGGCCAUCCUGUGGCUCAUCCUCUUCACCCCCUGCUCCUACGUGUGCUGGUUCAGGCCCAUCUACAAGGCCUUCAAAACCGACAGCUCCUUCAACUUCAUGGCUUUCUUCUUCGUCUUCAUGGCCCAGGUGGUGAUCAGUAUCAUCCAGACUGUUGGCAUACCAGGCUGGGGAGUGUGUGGCUGGCUGGCUACCAUCACGUUCUUCAGCACCAACGUCGGCUCAGCUGUGGUCAUGCUGAUUCCCACCAUAAUGUUCACUGCCGUGGCUGUUCUGUCCUUCAUCGCCCUCACAAAGGUUCAUAACCUCUACCGAGGCAGUGGGGGCAGCAUGGGUAAGGCCCAGGAGGAGUGGGCCACUGGGGCCUGGAAGAACCCCCACGUCCAGGAAGCAGCUCAGCAGGCGGCCAUGGGAGCCGCGCAGGGGGCCAUGCAGCAGGGGGCCAUGCAGCAGGGGGGCAUGCAGCAGGGGGGCAUGCAGCAGGGGGGCAUGCAGCAGAACCAGUACUCAGCAGCUCCCACCUACAACUACGACGAACCGAUGUAGGGCGGAGGAGGGGGCCAUGCUGCCGAGUGGGAGAGAUAAAAAGGGAUCAAUUAAGAACACAAUUCAGAAUUAGGUGCCCUUCAUUAUAACACUGUACAAGCUGAAUCAAACCAGAACAAGGUAGAGAAAAGUCAUGUUCUUAGUUGAAGCGUACUUUUAUUAAAUUCUUAUAGACGUGGGAUUUAAUUAAAUAAGUCAGUAAAACUAUUCUCUGAGCUUCAUCAGUUUAUUCUGGUAGGUUCAUCUGUUGUCAUCACAGAGUGACCUCUCUUCCUCUGCCUGUGUCACACUUUUAAAACAUCUUUUAAUUCAUUUGAAUGUGUUUUUUUCAAAUGUACUUAAGUACAAGAGUGUUUAAUUUCAUUAGUCUUGAAAGACACCAAAUGCUAAAAACUGGCCAAUGUGAUAACUAUACGUAAAUGUUUGUUGUUGAAUUUGUCCUAAAUCUGGACAAUAGAAUCAGAAUUUCAAAAUAUAAAAAAAUAAGAAUUAAUCGGAAGAUGAAUUAAAGGGAUACCAACAUUUUUCUCGAUUUCCAUCAGGAAUAUUUGCUGAAAAGAAUAUCUAUUACCAAAUGCAUCAGGCAAUUAUUUUUCCUAACUCAAGAACUUUCAAAUCCCAGAUUUUUUUUCUUACAUGUUUUGGUGUCCUGAUUGUGUUUUUCUUUACUCUGUGUCAGCGAAGCUUUCAUUUUAAUUCUCAGGAAAGGUUUAAUAGCUGGGUUUGAAUUCUACCUGUAAAGCCCUAAGAAGGUGUCAGCUUUUAGUACCCAUAUGGUUAUGUGUGGAGUGGAUUUCAGUCAAAUAAAUGAUUAUUAUACAUGUUAAAGUGAAGCACAUGCAGCAUUUAGGAUUGCGGUUCAUUGGAUAAAACAUUCCAAAUCGACAGUGUACAGGUUAAAAGAGAAAGAAAACCAAAACACGAGCAGGUUGGACUUACACUAAAUAUUAUAUUGAUAAUCAUUGUUGUAGGUGGUCAUGGCAUUGUAUGAAGUGAUGGAUGUUUUCACCCCUUUGGCAAAUUCUCCCACUUAUCCCUCCAUGUAAAUGCUUCAAUAACUACUUGUUUCUAAGCUCUGGAUUUCAGGCCUUAGUGUGUCAUUCCGUGGCUGUCGGUGUUAUUCUAUGAGUAGGUGUAAUAUGACAUUUAUAUAAAAGAAAAAAUGAAGACAAUUAUUUCUUUAUGAGGGGAAACUGAAGGAGAGAAUAUUUAUGUGUUGCUGUUUAGUCCGAAACUCAAGUCAAGACUCAGUAGUGGGUUAUUACAGUAAAACAGUGUUAGAGUUGAAAACAGAUGUGAAGAUUUGUGACUGAAUGCUCGUUAUUUCAAUCCAGUGAGUCGUCUCGUCUGAUUGUGAUGGUGUGGUAUUCAAUGGGCUGUUUGUUGUUUUACUUUUCAGUUGUUGUCUUUUUCUACCGUCCUGUUAUUGUUUCAUGUAUUUUGGAUGAUGUGUGGAUGAGUUUGAAGCACAUGUUCUUUGUGUCUUUCCAUGGCUGUGGGUAACAGAUUUUGAGUUUUGUUUAUUAUUAUUUUUUAAACGUUAGAUGUUUUGCACCUGUUGACAUCGGUGCAACUUAAAUACAUAGUGGAUCACAGUCGAGCAAUACUAACAGAAAUAUAGUAAGCAGUAGAAUGAAUAAGAUCAGGCAUCCUUUGCAGGCUUCAAAUAUAGACAUUUAGAGUAACAACCAUAACAUAAACUGUUAUGGAUGGGAAAUGGACCUGUUUUCAAGCUGGACACUACAAGUAUAAUUUUACACCUGCAAAACAUUGUCAACAGCAGAUGCACAUACAGUAGUUAUGAAGUGUAACCCUAGACAGUACCAUCCACACGCUCAUCUGUUAGCAACUGUACAACGUUUAGCUGAUCAGUUCUAUAAAUUAAGUGUGAAGUCUGCACAAAGAUGAACAAAACAAGUACUUUGCCUUUGUGUAGUAAGUGGUCAAGGUGAAUUUUGGAUCUGCCAUAUGUACAUACUGCACAGUUAAUGUGAUUAUGGAAACGACAGCUGUAUAGUUAUUGUGCAGCAGGAACUGCAGUGCAUUUGAUAUACUACUGAUACUCUGCAUUUUAUGUAUCAAAGCUUCUUCAAAGCCAUUUCCCAUUAAGUUCACCAUGUUCCCACAUGUACUGUAUGUUGUUUGAUAUGUAUUAUCAUGUACUAUACCAUAGCUAGAUAUAACUAUAUAAUGACUGGGGUAAAUACUUGCCAUGGAAAACACAUUCAAUAGAAAUAUGCUCUUAUUAGCUGAAUGAAACAUUUGAGGAGGCUGUGUCUCCAUGAGUGACGUAAAUGAGGAAUACAUUUUUGUGUAUUACUUUUUGUAUUAUUUGGUUUUACCCUAAUAUAUAUUAAACAGUUAUUGUUG